AUGUCUCUCGCAAAUCCGUCUCAACUCCUGCCACUAGAAUUAGUGGACAAGUGCAUUGGGUCCAAAAUUCACAUAAUUAUGAAAAAUGAAAAAGAAAUUGUUGGAACUCUGCUUGGGUUUGAUGAUUUUGUCAAUAUGGUCCUAGAGGAUGUUACAGAAUUUGAAACCACUCCAGAGGGCCGUCGAAUAACUAAACUGGAACGAAUUUUACUCAAUGGGAAUAACAUAACCAUGUUGAUUCCUGGCGGGGAAGGCCCUGAUGCCUAG